GUUCAGUCCCACACAGACCAGAGCCAGUGACAGACAGGGAACAGACCAGUUCACCUGCUUCCAACUAUGAAGAACCUGCACUUUAAAGACUACUUCUGGAACACGGACCUGACCAGCACAGCAGGUUACGAUGCCAUUAUCCAGUAUCACAGCGACUGCAGGAGGACGUGCAAAGAGGUGGAGGAGUUCAUGAAAGCAAGAGCAUCGAUCGAGGAGAAAUACGCUAAAGAUCUCCUUGGUUUGUCCAAGAAGGUGUGCGGCUACAAUGAAAUGAACACGCUGAAAAGGUCACUGGACAUGUUCAAGUUACAGACUGAACACGUUAGCCUCGCUCACCUGCAGCUGGCGCAAAACAUGAGAGACGAGGCCAAGAAACUGGAGGAAUUUCGAGAAAAACAACGAGAAGCCAGAAAGAAGGUGGAACAACAGAUGGACGCUCUCCACAAACAGAAGGCGCUACAGUUUAAGAAGACGAUGGACUCGAAGAAAACCUAUGAGCAGAAGUGCAGAGAUAAAGAAGAAGCAGACCAGAAUGUGAAUCGAAACACCAACAACACCAAGCACAUGGACAAGCUUUAUGCAAAAGCACAGCAGGCCAAACAGAACGCAGAAGAAGCAGAUAAAUUAUACCAGCAGAAUGUGUCUGCGAUGGGGAAGAUCAAAGAUGAAUGGCAGAAGGAGCACGUUAAAGCCUGUGAAAUAUUUGAAAAACAGGCAAUGGAGAGGAUCAACUUCCUCCGAAACACAGUUUGGACGCAUGUGAACCAGCUGUCGCAGCAGUGUGUGACCAGUGAUGAGCUGUAUGAGGAAGUGAGGAAGUCUCUGGAACAAACCGACGUUCAGGAAGAUAUUGAACACUUUGUGAAUCUGAGACGCACCGGCGACAAACCACCAGCUCCAGUUUUGUACGAGAACUUCUACAGCAGCCAAAGGUCUCCAACUGCAGCUGCGCCUUCUCGACUGUUUCCACCGAUCGUCAGAAGAGGACCUUUACCAGAUCCAACACAAAACACUGGAGAUAAUACAAUCUACUCAACAGUUCAGGAUGCAGGCUACAGCGUCAUCCACUACUAACACAUGUCACAGCUCUGAGACCGACAUGGACGUUAGACCCGUUUGUUUAACUUCCUCCUUUGUGAUUUGCUUUACAGAUGUGUUCUCUUUUACAUAAUAAGCAACAAUGCGUCAUAAAUAUACAUAUUUAGAUGGAGCUGUGUGCUUUUACAUCACUGUGUUAUAAACAGUACAGUGCAAAUAUGGUUCAGAUCAGGUGAAAAAUGAGGAUAGUCGUUGUGAUAACUUAAAAAUCCGAUGUUACCUUCAGGAGUAGUCUAUUUAUUAUCCGUUCUUUCUGUAUUCUGCAUCACUUCCACAGGUUUGUAUUUAUUUGUGUCUGCUCUUGUCAAACACAGAUCAAAUAAAUAGGAGUGUAUGUGUCUGCUGUCUGAUAUCAUUUCCUCCUUGGACUCAUGACUGCGAUACAGGAACACUCCUUUACAGUGUUUGUGUUACUUAACCCUUUAAUUUACUGUUUUUUCUCGUCAAAAUGUUGAUUUUACAUUCCUUUAAUUCAGGGUUCGUACACAUUUUUCAAGGUCU